AUGGGCGCUAAGGAGACCGACGCUGAAGAUACAGGGGCGCAAUCAGUCACUGGACUGAUGGACGCGGUACAUCUCAAACCCCGCCAUGGCCGAACCCAGUCCGACUCGGACAACAGCGCAGCUUCCUUCGACUUUGACGAGGAGCGUCCAUCCCAAGAUGACGAUGAUAUCGACAACACACCAGCCACCUCGUAUGGCGGCUUCCUGUCCACCCGCAGCGACGUCUCGGCGGACGCAAAAUCCGAGUCUAGCCAACUCUCCAACAUUCUUCCUCUCAACUGCGGCCUAUCCGUUGCAUCCGAAGACCCUGGCAGGAUGGAAGAGCUCAAACACGAGGUCGAAGCUCUCUUUGACCGCUUCAUUCCCGACUUCCAAGCACAGCAAGACGACAGCGGAAAAGCAGAUCAGCAGGAUGAGCCGACCUUGCUCAGCCGGAAUCUACCGGCCGUGCUGUCCGAAUUUGAGAAACAGAGGGAGCACCCUCUGAUCGAUCCAAAGGUCUACAGCCAGCUCGAGGUGUUCGCAGACGAGAAUCCGGACGUACCCAUCUCCUCCGACUUGCUCGUCAAACUCAUUCUCGAGCUCGAGUCCAGCGCACGCUCCGUCCUCUCGGACGAAGUUGGUCUCAAGACCCCUCCGCUCAUGGACAGGGCAUUGUCACACAGCACUGGCAACGACUCGACCCCGACUGGCGUCUCUGACGAUAUGGCGGAUCUGAGCCAGGACGAGUACCUGAUCCGCGACGGCGACAGCAGUCGUGACUCGUCACGAGAACUCAGCGCUGAGGCUGCUUUCAUCCUCAAUCUCAAGGAAGAUCUUCGAAUCGAGCGUGACAAGAACGAUGCUCUUCAGCAGAAUCUCUCGGACAAAGAGAGGCGCGUCAACACGCUCGAGCACAAGCUCACUACUUCGCAAGAGCAGUACGAAGAGCUCAUGCUCGAAGAACAGGCAAAGCUGGAGGAGCUGCACAAGCAGAUCCAAUCCCUUCGUCGCGAAGACAAGGACCUUCGCACCAAGUACUUUGAGGUGCAGGAACAGAACAACGCUUACGAGUUGCAGCUCACCGCUCUCAACACCCAGGUCGAAGGGGCGGAGAAGGCGAGCAUCAAGCUGCGCAGAGAUCUCGACGAGGAGUCGAGUCAGCUCAUCAAGGCCAAGGCGGACCUGGAUCGUCGGGUGAAAGAAGCCAAAGAGCUAUCCGAGUAUCUCGUGGAAUGCGAGCAGGCCAAGAACGCUGCCGAAGACGCCAAGCACGAAUUGCAGCAAGAGCUUGACAAGGUCAAGAUGGAAGCUGUCAAGCUACAGGGGUACAAGGAGGAGACCGAAGAGCUCCGAAGCACGGUGGACACGCUUGAAAUGGAGCUCGACGAGGUGCGUCGCCUUACCACCCUACACAGCAAAGAGUCCUCCAUCCAGCCGUCGAGCAAUCCCGGCACCAUGACGAGACGUCUCGGCAACGAGCUCGCCCGAAGCAUGGAGCUGGACGGACAUUCCUCGGGAGAAGACACGCAGGUGGAAGAUAAGGAUGGCGACACCAGCAAUGUCGACGACUAUGUCGAAACCGUCAUCCAGCGACGUCGAAGGAGGGUCGGCAAGGCCCGCAAAUCGGUCGAGAUGGUCACGCAAUCGAUCCAGACCGAUGUUCCUGAAGUCGCUGCCGUCGAGACCGUAGCUGCGACGGCGAGGCCGGACAGCUUUGCAGACACACAAUGUGCGCAAGUCAAUUCAACAAAGCCGCAGAACUUUUUGCAGUCAUUCUCGGCUGUAUUGCGCGCCAACGUCCUUUCCAUCAUGGUGAUGGUCUUGGCCGUCGGUCUCGCGACUGGUCUCAUGCUCAACACUUCGCGCGACAUCUACCACAUCCACCGGCAUACUCUCGACGCAGAAGAGUUUAGGAAGCUCAACCAUCUCCCGACUUCGACGCAAAACUUCUACUACGACAGCCGCUAUCCCAGUGCGGUUGUUGCCGGCAACUUUGUUGACGACCGCAUUGGGCCCAUUGUGGAUGCCAUGCAGUCGAUCAUUGGCCUCGGCAAUCCUUCAAGGCCGCCAGCGGAUGGCAUUGUAUACUAG